CGUAACGCGGGGGUUGGCGCCGCUGACAAUCCUCGCGUGUACGGAGGCGGCGAGCGCGCCGGCGCGGGUUACUAUGGCGAUGCGGGCUCGAUGCUGAGCUGGGCCCGCCCGCUGCUGCUGGCGGCCAUGAGGGACCAGGCGGCCACCGCAGCCGGGGAUGGUGGCGGUGUCAGGCGGCUGCGCCUCCUGCGGCAGUCCGCAGGAGCCAGGCCCGGGCUCAGGCCGCGGCCUGGAGUUGGAGAUUGGAAUGAGGUCUUAAGAGAAACUGUAAAUGUUCUCCAGAGUGGUUGUGUAGUGGCUGUUCCAACAGACACAAUCUAUGGAAUUGCCUGCCUGGCUCAGAAUUCCGAAGCCAUCCAAAGAAUUUACGAAAUUAAAGGCCGGAAUACAGACAAACCUUUAGCUAUUUCUGUUGGAAAUGUUGAAGAUAUUUAUAAGUACUGUAAGGUCACUGUUCCUGACCAGGUAUUAAGUGAUCUCCUUCCAGGACCUGUAACGUUGGUCUUUAAGCGGUCUGACGGACUGAACAGGGAUUUAAAUCCUUUCACUGACUUGGUGGGUGUGCGCAUUCCAGAGCAUGCAUUCAUGCAGAAACUGGCACAACUGUGUGGUGAACCUCUAGCAUUGACAAGUGCCAAUGUCAGCUCCCGAACCAGCACUUUAACCCCAGAGGAGUUUAAGGAUAUUUGGCCUUCGUUGGGUCUUGUUGUCGAUGGUGGGCCUGUUGGAGAUAUGAUGAGCCCUGAAUGUCGCUUGGGAUCAACAGUGGUUAACUUGGCCACACCAGGAAAAUACAGUAUCAUCAGGCCUGGAUGCGCAUUUACUGCCACAGUGGACAUCCUCCAGAAGAAGCAUGGAUUAUCCUUGUAAUGCUAAAAGUGACAGAGACUAUCAGAAAUGGCUUAUUUCCCUGUGUACAAAAUAAAACGCACAAUAAUUUGUCUUUA